AUGGUGUCUUUUUUCGGGUUGAAGCUCGGGGCCGAUAAGAAGAAGUGCGCUGCUCCUAGUCCUCCGUCGUGGGAGUGUGAACUGACUUUGUGUAGGAAAGCCGCUGAGAAGGCCGACAUGAAGCCUCAACGGAAGAAGAUUGACCAAAACAAUCUCGGUGAAGGCCAAUUCUUCGGGAAAGAUCUGGAGCGGCCCGUCCUCAUCAACGGAUCGCGUCCCGGCACGGCCAUGUCGAACAAGAGCUUCACCGCUAACUUUCGUCAUCCAAAUGCGCCGUACCUGAAUGGCGGCUCAUCUUCCCUAGUCGACCUGGGUGCACCUGGCGCCAAGGGCAUUCGAUCUGUUGGAUCCGAGGCUAACUUGAAUAUGCGGUGGAACAACGUUUCUGUGGCCAGCCUGAACAACAUUGCGUCUCCGCCGAUCAUUACCGGCGGUAAUGGAUCAGGAAGUAGACCGGGAACACCAAAUUCAGCCCGGGCGAAGGCUUGGGUCAACCCUCUCGACGUCCACUUUGCUCGUGAUGGUACGGGUUCCAGGAGCGACGGAGCUCUCAGCCCGGCGCCGAGUGCUGCACCAAGCGGCUAUCACUCCGGCUAUCACUCUCCGAAUAGCUUAUCGCCCCUUCCUACGCCGACCGUAGCCAACGCACCUCGAAGCCCACUUCGGCAGUUUGAAUUCAACCUGAAUCCGUCAGACUCAUCAAAAGAUGACAAGCCAACCCCGGCUCCGCUGUCAUCCACCAAGGCCUUACCUUCGCCUCCCCAGUCCAUCAACGGUUCUCUCCCACCGUUGAGAACAGAUUUCAGACCCAAGACGGCAGUCACCGCCGUUCGUGAAGCUCACAGGCCGCGGCCGGCCGCACUCCCGUCUCCAACCGCGUCGACGGGACGCUCCAGCGACGAGGACCAUUUCUAUCCCAGGCCAAUAAUCCAGAACGUUGCCGCAAAGAGGGAUACCCUCACUAUCACCACACCUAGAAGGCAGAGCUUUUCCAUGAAUAUCGAUCAUGAACCUACUGGACUCGAUUUUGGUAUGGCGGAACGAGGACGGAAACCAGAGUGGGAAAGCCCAAUUAUUCCGAUAAGUCCUGUUAUGCCAGUCAGUCCACCGCCGAGGAGCGCCCGGCGACCGCGUCCGCCAGAGAUGAAAAACCUGCCGCAACCUCCCAGGAGCGCCGGUUUGCCACCCCCAAGACCGCAGCAGGUACCAUAUGAAGGGCCGCUGCGAAGUCCUGCCCGACCUCCGGACGAUUGGCCCCCUGCCAGACAGCGUCAAGGUUCGGAUGCGCGAGAGGGGGCAGUCUCUCAGGCCAGAGGCGGGCUAGAAUCGGAUGCCUUUGAGCGUGCCCAGUACGAUAGCCGGGAACGGCAAGGUCCAGAGGUCAGAGAGAGGAAAGAUUCCGAUAGUCGAUCUCGCGACGAUUUUUCUUCUCCGCUACAGGGAUAUCUCGGACCCCCGCCUCCCUCGAGACGGGUCGCACCAGGCGAGGGCGAGCGGAGCUACGGUAUAACACCUUCGAACCGGCGACAGCCUCCGCCGCCGCCUGUCGAACUUCAGCGCAAGGCGUCAAACCCACAGCAAUAUCAGCCGCCCAGCUGGGACGAUCGGGAUGUUCACCACGGGAACUUCGCAAUGAUCUCACCUCGCAUGCAGUCACCGCAGCCGCCCACGCCGAACAGCUUGUUUCCCGAGGCCUCGAACGAUGCGAACUGGCCGUUACCGAGCCCGUUGGCAAGCCCAACAUUUGGGAGUCAAAGGCCGCACACGCCAAAAGAAAAGUCCGAGGUUCAACAGAUGAGCCCUCCGCCAGGGAUUGCCCCGCCACGUGAGCGAGGUGACGCGAGACGGCCAGACUUUGGGCUGAGAGCCCCGACUGGUAUUGCGGAUGAGUUUCGGAUAGGAUUCAUCUAG